AUGGUGACACACAGAGAUGAAUUACCUGACGAGUGGAAUUCAUUCGGCAACUCGGAUUUCUACAACGAGGUGUACUGCAAGUGGCUGAACUGGAUCUUCAACUUCAGCAUCCCAUUCGCUCUGCUCCUCUUCCUCAACACCUGCGUCAUUCGGAUGAUGAGGUUAAACCUCUCAGAGGCGGCCUCAAUGGAGAUUCGUCUAAAGAACGAGCAUCGCCUGACGAUAAUGGUCGUCUGCAUGACGGUGCUGUUCUUCCUGUGCAAGCUGUUGGAGGCUGUCACCACCAUAUUGGAGGCGUGGAAAACAAGCUACGGGGAGCUGUCUAAGGACGCCCAGAGAUUCACCGCCUGCGCCGACCUCUUCUCCAUCGUCAACUCCGCCAUCAACUUCUUCAUCUACUACGUCACCGGAAGGAAGUUCCGCGCCAUCUUCUGCCGUCUGUUCUGCACGUGCCGCCGUGGUCAUUGCCUCCCGGCCACCCUGGAGGGAAACCUUUUCCGGCGAGUCCAGUUUCAGACGAUCAGGAGAAACGUCAAGCCAUUCUGUCGACGGAUGAACCCCACGGAGUUCUGCUCGUCUAGCGGCGACAUGCCGUCUAGGUCACUGUGA